GGCCUGUAAAAAGGCCACUUAGAGACUCCAAAGAGGUCACUUUGAAGAAGCUGGAAGGUGUUUUUUCCUUUUUUUCUACAAGGAAGUCAGGCUAAAAAGCCACGCUUCUGCCCUUGCAGCAUUUGGCUCAAGAAAGGCCGAACUCACCAGGAAGACCAUGGACCUGGCGACGUCUCCGGGCGAGGGGCAUCGCGUCCUGGAUGCCGCAGCGGUGUGGCUCCGGGAAGGCUCGCGGGAUGGCAAGCGCGUGCUGGACCGGAAGAACAUGAACAGCACCUAUGGCGGUUCGCUGUCUGCCCGAUCGAUGGAGAAGAUCUCAGACCCGGCGCGGAAGAUCGUGGUGGCCAGCGGCGCCUUGACCGCGCGCGAGGUGCGGAGGAUCAAGCAGGAGGAAGCCAUGCCUGGCAGUCAGAAUCUCACCGCACCGCUGACGGUGGAUGAGAGGAAGCACCUGGAUUUGCUGCAAUCCAUGGCUGCCAAGGCUGCCCAGCGCUUUCCAUCGAUGAGUGACGUCUUUCGGGGUUUGGACCCCGACCGGGAUGGCAAGAUCGAUCAAUCUGAGCUGCGCUACUUCUUCCGCCUGUGUGGGCAGACGGACGUGGUGGCCGAUCGCUUUUGGCGUCUCCUGGACCGGGACCGCAGUGAGUUUCUGGACUAUGACCUCUUGGUGAGCUUCAUGCGGCCGUUUUUGGUGGCCGCCUACUCUGGCACUGCGAAGCCCAGGCCACAGGACCGCUCCAAAGCGCCGGGCCGCGAGGCCAUGCUGAACACAGUGAAGGAGGACUUCGAGGAGCUCUUGCUGUCGGUGAAGCAGAAGGCUCGGGGCAAUCUGAAGCCGCGAAGGGCCUUUCGCACCAUUGGGCUCCCAGGACGAGAUCACAUUACCUUGAAAGAGACGCGGGCCUUUUUUCGAUGCUUCAACCUGGAUGGUGAGGAGGUGGAUGAAUUCCACGAGGCGUUAGCGCAGAUUGGCAACGGCGAGGUCACACACCAGGACUUCAACGACGCUUUAGAAGAUUGCUUUGUUAGGGAGCCUGACUAUGGAAGCUUCAGGAUCCCACAGAAGAAACCAUUGGUUCGAUGUGUUCAAGCUGAUGAAGUUGAGGAAGUAGAGGAGCUUCCAAAUGGGUGGGCCGGUGGAGGACGCCCGGAGGAGACGCUCUUCAGCUUCAAGCGGAACGUGGAGACGAAGCUGUUGAAAGAAAUACGUGAAGUGAUGCGAGACAUUGGAUACAAGGUCCGCAUGAGCUAUAAGCGACCCCGUGAUGCCUUGAGGGGCUUAGAUGUGGAGAAGGAUGGCGUCAUCCGCCGGGCAGAGAUGCGAGACUUCUUCCGCGGCUUCAACAAGUCCGAAGCCUUUGCCGACCAAGUCUUUGAUCUCUUGGACCCAGAGCGCACCGGCAAGGUGGACUUUGGGGAGUUCCUGGCGCACUUCGACGAGGUCCUCACGCCCGCGCACCGCCAGGCGGAACGCGCACCGGUCAUUGGCUUGAAGGACCUUGAAAGGUCCAGGCAAGUCGCCACGGUGGUGAACGCCAUUGGGCAUCGGAUGCUGACCAAGUACAAGAAUGCCCGUCAAGCGUUCCGUGAUUUGGACAUGGACAAGGAUGGAAAGGUUUGCCGGCAAGAGCUGCGCUUUUUCGUGAAGAAGAUGGGCCUCCCGGUCGAAGCGGCGGACGUGCUGUUUGAAGCCUUGUCCCCCACCGACUUCGGAGGCCUAAUUGAGCAGGAGACCUUUGUCAGCUUGUUCCUGGAUUUGCGAGGCGAUCUGUCCAGUAUGAGCCGUACCACCCUGAAGUUGCCCAAGAUCCCAUGAGGGGGCCGACCGAUCCCUCCUUGAUCCCGGCGGUUCGUGGCCUGGAGACAUGCUGUGGUAGACCUGACGGGCCAAUGAUAGAGGGAAGAGCGUAUUAAGAGGAACGAACGGAGGUGUUUUGGUC